AUCCUCUGCGAGCUGUACAGUGCCAGCCGUUGGUUGCCGCGGUCGGUUCGGUGUGGAGUAGGUCCUGGACUUCCCUGUCCGGUCCCUGGGAGCGUCCGCCAUGAGGAGAAGUGAGGUGCUCGCGGAGGAGUCCAUUCUGUGUCUGCAGAAAGCCCUGAUUAACCUUCGGGAAAUAUGGGAAGUGAUUGGGAUUCCCGAGGACCAGCGGUUACAAAGAACCGAGGUUGUGAAGAAGCAUAUCAAGGACCUCCUGGAUAUGAUGAUUGCCGAAGAGGAAAGCCUGAAGGAAAGGCUCAUCAAAAGCAUAUCAAACUGUCAAAAAGAGCUGGCCACCCUGUGCAGGGAGCUGCACGUCGAGCCAUUUCAGGAAGAGGGAGAGCCGACCAUCUUGCAACUGGAAAAGGAUUUGCGAACUCAGGUAGAACUGAUGCGAAAACAGAAAAAGGAGAGAAAACGUGAAUUGAAACUGCUUCAAGAACAAGAUCAAGAACUGUGUGAAGUGCUUUGCAUGCCACACUACGACAUUGACAGUGACUCCGUUCCCAGCUUAGAAGAGCUGAGCCAGUUCCGGCAGCACGUGGCCGCCCUGAGGGAGACAAAGGCAUCUCGGCGUGAGGAGUUUGUCAACCUAAAGAGGCAGAUCAUACUGUGUAUGGAAGAACUGGAUCACACCCCGGACACGAGCUUCGAGAGAGACGUGGUGUGUGAGGACGAAGAUGCCUUUUGUUUAUCUUUGGAGAAUAUUGCAACACUACAGAAGUUGCUGCAGCAGCUGGAAAUGCAAAAAUCUCAAAGUGAAGCAGUGUGUGAGGGGCUCCGUGCUCAGAUCCGGGAGCUCUGGGACAGGUUGCAAAUACCAGCAGAAGAGAGAGAAGCCCUGGCCACGGUCAUGACUGGGUCGAAGGCAAAGGUCAAGAAAAUGCUGCAGUCAGAAGUGGAUCGCUUGGAAGAGCUGAAAAAACAAAACAUGAAGACGGUGAUUGAGGCAAUACGAGGGGAGCUGGCUCAGUACUGGGACCAGUGUUUCUACAGCCAGGAGCAGAGACGAGCGUUUGCUGCCUACUAUGAUGAAGACUACACGGAGGUCCUGCUCCAGCUCCACGAUGCUGAGGUUGUGCGAUUAAAAAACCACUACGAGGCUCACAGAGAGCUCUUUGAAGGUGUGCGGAAGUGGGAAGAAAGCUGGAGGCUCUUCUUGGAGUUCGAGAGAAAAGCGUCAGAUCCCAGUCGAUUCACAAACCGUGGAGGAAAUCUUCUAAAAGAGGAAAAGCAACGAGCCAGGCUCCAAAAAACCCUCCCUAAGCUGGAAGAGGAAUUGAAGGCCCAGAUUGAAGUGUGGGAACAGGAGCACUCGAAGGCAUUUGUGGUGAACGGACAGAAGUUCCUGGAGUACGUGGCCGAACAGUGGGAGAUGUACCGACUGGAGAAGGAGCGAGCCAAGCAGGAAAGGCAACUGAAGAACAAGAAGCAGACAGAGACAGAGAUGCUGUACGGCAGUGCCCCCCGCACACCCAACAAGCGGCGCGGGCUGCCACCCUCCACACCGGGGAAGCUGCGCAAGCUGAACACCACUGUCAUGUCCAACGCCACGGCCAACAGCAGCAUUCGGCCUGCCUUUGGGGGGACAGUCUACCACUCCCCGGUGUCUCGACUUCCACCUUCGGGCAGCAAGCCAGUCCUCACGUCUACCUGUUCAGGGAAAAAAAAGGCCCGUGCCGGCCUCCAUGGAGCCGACAAGGAGAACGUGGAGCUCAAUGGCAGCUUGCUGAGCGGUGGGUACCCCAGCUCAGCCCCCCUCCGGCGCAACUUCAGCAUUAACUCUGUUGCCAGCACCUAUUCUGAGUUUGCGAAGGAUCCGUCCCCCUCUGACAGCUCCACUGUUGGGCUUCAGCGAGAACUUUCAAAGGCCUCCAGAUCUGAUGCCACUUCUCGAAUCCUCAAUUCAACCAACCUCCAUUCCUGA